GCGCCUCCCGGAGCCGGCGCCAGCCCAGCCGCGCGCCCGCGCCCCUCGGUGCCGCCUCGGGGCCCCGCGCGUUCAUGCAGCCGCUCCGGGCCGGGCCGCCUGCGGACCCCGCGCCCCUCGGCCUCCCGCCGUCCACCCUGUCCGUACGCGCCCCGGGGAGGGAGAGGGCCGGCACGCGGGCUGCGCCGCCGAGGCAGGAUGUUCUCCUCCAAGUCCAACUCCGUGUCGCCGUCGCCGUCCCUGGAGCAGGCCGACUCGGACGCGCUGGACAUCAGCACCAAAGUGCAGCUCUACGGGGUGCUGUGGAAGCGGCCCUUCGGGAGGCCGUCGGCCAAGUGGUCCCGGCGGUUUUUCAUCAUCAAAGAGAGCUUUCUGCUUUAUUACUCUGAGAGUGAAAAAAAGAGCUUUGAAACCAACAAAUACUUCAAUAUACAUCCUAAGGGUGUCAUCCCUCUGGGGGGCUGCCUGGUGGAGGCUAAGGAAGAGCCCAGCAUGCCCUAUGCCAUGAAGAUCUCGCACCAGGACUUCCAUGGCAACGUCCUGCUGGCUGCCGAGUCCGAGUUUGAGCAGACACAGUGGCUGGAAAUGCUGCAAGAAUCUGGGAAGGUGACCUGGAAGAAUGCCCAGCUGGGAGAAGCUAUGAUCAAAAGCCUGGAGGCCCAGGGACUGCAGUUGGCUAAAGAAAAGCAGGAGUAUUUAGACAAACUGAUGGAAGAGACCGAAGAACUGUGCCUUCAGAGAGAGCAGAGAGAGGAGCUCGAGCGCCUGAACCAGGUGCUGGAGGCAGAGAAGCAGCAGUUUGAGGAGGUGGUGCAGGAGCUGAGAGUGGAGCAGGAGCAGAUCAAGAGGGAACUAGAACUCACUGCAAGAUGCCUCAAGGGUGUGGAACAAGAGAAGAAGGAACUGAGGCAGCUCACGGAAUCUUUGCAGCAGACGCUAGAGGAACUCUCCAUAGAGAAGAAGAAAACCCUGGAAAUGCUAGAGGAGGAUGAGAACCAGCCGCAGUCACUGGCCAAUCAGAGUGAGCAGGCAUCUGCCAUCGGGGAUCUCCAUAGCAACCUAAGGCAGAUCGAGGAACGGAUUCAGCAGCUCUUGACAGAGAAGCUUGUGGCGGAGAAGCGGAUGAAGGAGAACGAGGAGCGCUCGCGGGCCUUGGAGGAGGAACGGGAGUUCUACUCCAGCCAGUCCCAGGCGCUGCAGAACUCACUGCAGGAGCUGACAGCAGAGAAGCAGCAAGCUGAGCGGGAGCUCAAGGCUGAGGUGAAGGUCCGAAUGGACCUGGAGAGGCGUCUGCGGGAGGCAGAGGGGGCUUUGCAGAGCCUGGAGCAAGGGCUCAACUCCAAGGUGCGGAAUAAGGAGAAGGAGGAGAGGAUGCGGGCUGAUGUGAGCCAUCUGAAAAGGUUCUUUGAGGAGUGCAUCCGGAAUGCAGAGCUGGAGGCCAAGAUGCCAGUCAUCAUGAAGAACUCCGUGUACAUCCACAAGGCGGCCACUCGCCGUAUCAAGAGCUGCCGCUUCCACCGGCGCCGGUCCAGCACCUCCUGGAAUGACAUGAAGCCAUCCCAGUCCUUCAUGAACUCUCAGCUGGAAGCCAACAACAUUGAGGAGCUGAAGGAGGUGGCCAAGAGGCUCAGCCGGGACCAGCGCUUCCGGGAAUCCAUCUACCACAUCAUGGUCACCCAGCCUGGGGCUGCCUCCGUGCUGCCCCGGGGUGGAAAGUGAUGGGUGCUCUUCCCUGUCCAAGUCUGGGCAGCAGAAGGAGGCCUAAUUCCACGGGGCUCUGCUCUACCAGAGCGCUACCUGGGGGCCAGCCUCGCCUUCUAAGGACAAGACGGGGACGCCACCUCUCUGGGUCACCGCCCACGCCCUGUCCUUCCCUGCAGGUCCAGCCUGGGCACUGCCCAGUGUUGUGGUGAGGGGAGGAGGGGCCUGGCUGCGGGUGACUUUCACUGGGCAAGCAGUUGCUGUCUGAGCCUCGGCACUAUCUCUCUGGCUGCAGACCACAGCCUCUAGAGCACUGGCUGCUUUGUGACUCUGUACCUGGUCCUUGUGAGAUAAAUGGCCUUACUUUCAGAGGUGGGCCCCAUCUCCCACCUGACUCUUCCAGGCUUCUGUACCCCUGCACCCAGGCCUCCUAGACAGCCCUAAUCACGGCCCCUACUUGCCCCAGGUCCUGGGAGAGGGUGGAGAAGGCCCCAAGCCAGCAUAUUCCACUCAGCUGAGGUCCCAGGGGUUGGCCCUGGCUGUGGGACCAGCUGCCAUGCCCUCCUCCUCAGGUACACCCACCCACAUGCAGCCUUGACAACCUGGAGGAGGGGUGUGAGUCCACCAUUUCCCUCCUGAGGCUUGGGGCCAGCAGCAGCACCGCAGGCUGACCCAGAGGACACACAGGACAGAGUUCAGGCAUGGAAAAAGUGGCCUGGGCAGAGACAGUUGUCCCUGGCUACAAUGGCCCUGUAGGCUUGCUGUCUCCUUCAACUGCAGAGGCUUCACCCAGUGAAGUAAUGCAACCGUGACCCCCACACAUGCGGAGCCUGGGGCUGGGAUAAACCAGUAGCUGCCGAUGGGCUCCGUGUCAUGGCACCCAUUUGCAGUUUCUAUGGAGACUGCCGCCCUUCAGGAGGCCGAUGGCUGCAGGUUGUAUUCCUCACCAGUGAGCCUUCCAGGCCCACCCUCUGAAGACCAGUCUGUCCAUCUCUCCAGUAAAAGGAUCUAUUCAAGCCCGAGGUUUUGUGGGACACGGGUGGUGUUAAAGGUGCCGAUUCUCUACUCUUCAGAAAACAGGUUUUCUGGUGGAUGAGCAGAUGGCUGUGGCUGUGGGCAAGUCCCAGGAGAAGAUACGGGUCCUUGAGCCACAGCAGGCUCUGUGGGUGCAGGGGCCGGCUCCCCUGGGGAAGAGGCCCCAUUUGCUACUCUGCUAGUCAAGGCACUGCACCGCCUUGCUCUGGGAGACCCAGAGAAGUGGACGCGGCCAGUUAGUGGGACCGAUCCUGGGGCACUUUGGAAUCAUUGCAUUUGAAUGUAAAUGUAAAAGCUUUAAAUAUGUAUAAUCCUGCAUAACCUGGAACAUGUUCCUCUAAUAUGUACGUAAAAUGAACUUUGAAAUGAGGUGGAAGAUUUAUAAAACCAAGAUUACUAAUUGCAUUUUUACUGUGCUGGGGACUGAACUCAGGGCUGCUCUACCACUGAGCUACACUCGCAACCUUUUUCAUUCUUUAUUUUGAGACAAGGUCUCACCAAGUCAACCAGGCUGGCCUCCAAUGUACAGUCCUCCUGCCUCAGCUUCCCAGGUAGCUGGGUUAUGCAUCACCAUGCCUGGCUGUUUUUAAAGAAUUAAGUUAAUGAUGGCUUGCUCUAAAGAAAGAUCUAGAAAUUUUCAAAUGCAUCCUCCCCUCCCCCAGGCAAGCUAUUAGCCAAGAAGGAAAGGACUUGUCUUAGUCAGUUCUGUCAUGCUAUAACAUGCCUGAAACUGGGUAAUUUAUAAAGAACAGAAGUUUAUUGGCUCAUGGUUCCAUCACUGAGAAGUCCAUCAUUGAGGUGCUGGUAUCAGCAAAGACCUUCUUACUGUGUGAUCCAUGAUGGCAGUGAAGGGGGAGAGCACAGGAAGGGCCUAACUCACUCUUUUAUAAGCAGCACGCCCACGGUAGCUCAUUCUUACAUGGACAACACUAAUCUAUUUAUGAGGGCAGAGCCCUCAUUGCCUAAUUACCCUUUUUUUUUUUUUAAAGCACUGAAGAUUAAACCUAGAGCCUCCACACUGAGUUGCACCUUUUUAAAUUUGUUUUUUAAGAUAGGGUCUCUAUAAAGGCAUCUAAUCAUCUCUCUCUCUCUUUUUUUUUUUUUUUUUUUUUUUUUUGGUACCAGGGAUUGAACUCACAGCCUUGCACUUGCCAGGAUAAUCAUCUCUUAAAGUUCUUUCUUUCCUUCCUUUAUUCUGUCCGUCUGUCUAGCUUCCUGUGGUACUGAGGAUUGAAUCCAUGACCUCGCUACCAUUCAGCUACAUUCCCACCUCCUUUUAAAAAAGUUCUCAGGCAGAUUCUCACUAAAUUGCCUGGUCCUUGUGACCACUUCAGCCCCUUUAAUAGCUGGGAUUACACUUGUGCCACCAAGCCAGGCUUAAAGGUCCUGUCUCUUCCUGCUGUUUUAGUGGCAAUUAAACUUCAACAGUAAUUUAGGAGGGACGGGAUUUUCCAUGCAUAUUCGCCAACCCCUAGUUCAUUUCCUCAUUCUCACCCUGUACUUUCCAUGCCUCAGGCAAGUCUGAGUUAGCUUCAAACAAGCAGUCAAUUCAUGUCCAUCAGAGCUCACUGUGGACCUUGUACUGUACAUGGAAAAAAAGCAGCAUCUCUGAGAAUAUGAGGGGUGGAAUUUGCUUCCUGGAAAUAUACUGAUCUGAUUUUUAAAAAUUUUAAUUAAAAACAUUACUCGGACCUAUUAAAUCCAUUUUCUGCAAUAUC